UGUCCAUUAAAAGAAAAUGUUUUGUUUGAAGCAUUUUACUCAUCGGCAGAUUCAUGUGCAUUAAAAUGUUUACAAGAACCCUUCUGUGUUGGGUUCAACUUUUGGGAAGGCAUAAUGAUGAAAGAUGUAACUUGUCAAUUAACUCACAAACGUCCACAGAAUUAUGAAAUAUGUACUGAUAACAAGUGGAUUUUCUAUGAAUUGCUGAAUCCACAAAGAAAGAUACCAUACAACAAAGAAAAGUUGUGUGAAAAUGGCGGAAUAAUGACUGUUGACCUGAGAGACGGACCUGGUUCUGAUCCUUACAGAUGUCAAUGUCCUUUUGGCUUUACGGGAAGAUAUUGUUCGGUAAAACUAAUUUUUUCGUCAUGCGAGGAGGCAAUGAGAAAUGCAAGUUUAAAGGACGGGAUGUACUUGAUCAGCACCAACACUUUAAUGGGAUACAGCAAAGUUUUUUGUAUGCGUAAAAUAACGGGUUGCUCGGGAGAAGGCUGGACACUAGUAUUGAAAAUUGAUGGAACAAAGAAAACCUUCCGAUAUAAUUCGCAGCUUUGGAGCAACAAGGAGAGUUAUAUGACGGAAAAUGGUGAAACUGGAUUAGAUCAAAAUGAAACAAAACUUCCUACUUACUGGAGCACUAAAAUAAAGUUGAUGUGUGUUGGAAUGAAAGUAAACAGUACAAUAAAAUUCAUAAGUUUUGAAAUGCAAGCUAAGUCCUUAUACGACCUCAUUGCUGAUGGAAAAUAUAGGAAAACCAAUUUGAGUCGUAGCCAAUGGUUGACAUUAGUUAAAAACAGCUCCCUUCAACAAUACUGUAAUAAAGAAGGCUUUAACGUCGUUGGAGAAAAUAGAGGUACCACUCGUGUAAAGCUUGGCAUUUUGGGAAAUAAUGAAAAUGACUGUAAAUCACCUGACUCUUUCAUUGGCUUUGGUGGAUCUUAUGAAGGUAAUUUUUGUGGCCGCAAACCUCAAGUGAACAGCUGUGGUAAUAUAUAUUAUUGCUCGAAGAAAAACAAAGAAAUUAAAGCAAUGGGAUACCUUUUUAUUGCUUAGUUGUGGCUUGAUAUUUAUUAUUGUUUGGUUUUGUUCAUUCUUUUAGAAAUACUGCACUGAAUAAAGACUGAAUUAAUUAAAAUAGAAAAUUCACGUUUUAUAGUCCAUAAGUUUAAAGCUGUAAAAGUUAUACAUCUGUAACUUCUUUAAAUUAUAAAGUAAAUGGUUUGAAACCGGGA